CAUAGUCUGAACUGAGUUUUAAUUGGUAGCGUGAGGGAGGGGUUUUCUGGUUUCUAGUUUCGAAUCUCUGCUUCUUUUUCCCUUUUCUCUUUUAUUGAUUUGAUUCGUGAAAAGGGGUUAUUUGAGAGGGGUUAUGCUUCGAAGGAAAGUGAUGAACUGGAGGAGAGUUGCAAAAUCUGCUCAGGCCCUCGCGGCCCAUGGCUUACUUCUUUGUUUCACAGUUUUGCUCGUGCUAAAGCUUGAUCAUGUCGGCUAUUACUCUUGGUGGAUCAUCUUCUCCCCACUUUGGCUAUUUCAUGCGGUUGUCGCAAGAGGCAGAUUCUCAUUACCUGCUCCAUCAUUACCCCAUGAUCGUCAUUGGGCUCCUUGUCAUGCUAUUGUUGCAACACCAUUGCUGGUUGCAUUUGAACUACUCCUUUGUAUAUAUCUUGACAGCAUCAAUGUUCAUGGUUUUUCAGCUGUUAACUUGAAGAUUGUUUUUCUUCCCCUUUUGGCAUUUGAAGUAAUUAUUCUCAUAGACAACUUCAGGAUGUGUAGGGCUUUAAUGCCAGGAGAUGAAGAGAGCAUGAGCGAUGAAGCAAUAUGGGAAACUCUCCCUCACUUCUGGGUUGCUAUCUCCAUGGUUUUCUUCGUCGCUGCGACUACAUUCACCCUCCUAAAACUAUCAGGUGAUGUUGGUGCACUUGGUUGGUGGGAUUUAUUUAUAAAUUUCGGCAUUGCAGAGUGCUUUGCUUUUCUUGUUUGCACAAAGUGGAGUAAUCCAAUGAUACAUAGACAUUUUUCUGGUAGCGAAGCCAGUUCCUCUUCUACUGCAAUCAGAUACGCUGAUUGGAAUAGUGGUUUAGUCUUUUCUUCGGAAGAGGAUCAGGACCAAGAAAGAAUGUGUGGUCUGCAGGACAUUGGUGGACACAUUAUGAAAGUUCCACUAAUCUGUUUCCAGAUCCUGCUUUGUAUGCGCUUAGAGGGAACACCUUCUGGUGCUAGACAUAUCCCGAUUCCAGCUCUGUUCUCUCCUCUUUUCCUACUACAAGGAGCUGGAGUCUUAUUUGCAUUUUCUAAAUUGGUGGAGAAGAUUAUUCUUUUGCUGCGCAGUGAAUCUGGUACAGGGAGGUAUUUUAUUAUCUCCUCAAGGGCUCAUGAUUGCUUUGGCUUCUUGCACCACGGUUCUAGGCUGCUUGGUUGGUGGUCAAUUGAUGAAGGAAAUCGAGAGGAACAGGCUCGGCUUUACAAUGCUGGGGCCUCUGGGUAUAGCACUUUUUCUGGCUAUCCACCUGAAAUAGUGAAGAAAAUGCCUAAGAAAGAACUUGCUGAGGAGGUUUGGAGACUACAGGCUGCUCUUGGUGAGCAAGCAGAAAUCACAAAAUAUAGCCAGCAGGAGUUUGAAAGGCUCCAAAAUGAAAAGGUGUUAUGUAGGGUUUGCUUUGAAGGAGAAAUAAGUAUAGUCUUGCUUCCAUGUAGGCAUCGCGUUCUUUGCAGCACCUGCAGUGAAAAGUGUAAAAAGUGCCCCAUUUGCCGGGUCUCUGUUGAGGAGCGCUUGCCUGUAUAUGAUGUGUAAGCGUAUUUGUUCAGUUAUUCACUGUGGCCGAAGCACUAGGGAGGGUCUCAAUUGACCCAUAAUUUACAAGGAGGCUACUUUUUAUUCCAUACUAACUGGUACUUCCGCCCUGGAGGCCCUUUUUUUUUUGCUCCUCUUAUUAACAAAAGCUUGUAUUGGAAUGGUGAAGAAUGCUGGUGCUCUACUGGUGUUUAAGGGUUCUUUUUGUACAUACAUAACCAUACAGUUUUUUGUCAGAAGGGAAAGGAAAAAAGAUUGAAGGGAAGAAUAUCCUAGAAUUGUAAAAACAGUGUUCGUGUAAAUUGUAAUUGGUAAUAUACUUAUAAUGGUAUUACUGUUUCUUUCCCAA